AUGGUCUCCCCAUAUUACCGGACCAAGCUUCGUGGACUCUACACGACUGCCAAAGCUGACGCAGAGGCUGAGUGCAACAUCCUACGCAAGGCGCUGGACAAGAUUGCAGAGAUCAAAUCCCUUCUGGAGGAGCGGCGCAUUGCUGCCAAGAUUGCCGGGCUCUACAACGACUCAGAGCCGCCCCGCAAGACCAUGCGCCGGGGCGUCCUCAUGACCCUCCUCCAGCAGUCAGCCAUGACACUGCCCCUGUGGAUCGGCAAACCUGGGGACAAGCCGCCCCCGCUCUGCGGCGCCAUCCCCGCUGCCAGCGAUUACGUGGCCAAGCCGGGGGACAAGGUGGCCGCUCGCGUCAAGGCUGUGGAUGGGGACGAGCAAUGGAUCUUGGCCGAGGUGGUGAGCUACAGCCACGCCACCAACAAAUACGAGGUGGAUGAUAUCGAUGAAGAAGGCAAAGAGCGUCACACCCUGAGCCGCCGCCGCAUCAUCCCAUUGCCCCAGUGGAAGGCGAACCCUGAGACAGACCCUGAGGCGCUGUUCCAGAAGGACCAGCUGGUGUUGGCGCUGUAUCCCCAGACCACCUGCUUCUACCGGGCCCUGAUCCACGCCCCACCCCAGCGGCCCCAGGACGAUUACUCGGUGCUCUUCGAGGACACGUCCUACGCGGACGGCUACUCCCCGCCCCUCAACGUGGCCCAGAGAUACGUGGUGGCCUGUAAGGAGACCAAGAAGAAGUGAGGUGGUGGGGGCGGAGCUUGGGGGCGCCCGUGAGUAUAAUAAAGGCUUCUCCGCUCCCCCA